CAUGCGUUCAUUUCUUCUAUAUCUUAACACUCCCGUUAAUGUUUACUACGAUAGCCCGUACAUUUUGUUAGAAAUAAUCAGUUUAGAAAAAGAUGUUCGAACUUUAUGGACUCAGUAAGGAUGGAAUGUUAUAUCGCUCACCACCACCAAACCGAAAAGAUGUUGAUAUAUUGGAGACUUGCUUACAACUUUCUUCACCAGAAAUUAUGAGAAAAUUGCCUAAUGGCGAUGCUUUGCAUCACGUUAAGGAAGCAAGCGUUUCAACUUCAUUGGAUAAAAACAAAGAUGCCUCGAGAGAAAAUGGACGUAACAUGAGACGAAAAUGGAUAGUAAUGGCAGGAUUUUUUUUCCUUGGAUGCGCUUUGGUCGCUAGUGUUGGAUUACCGUUAGCAUUAGAACUUCGAAGUUCUCAUCUUUUGGAAGCGAGAUUGCAGGUUGUUCGGAGAAUGCUUUCAGAAGUUCCAUUGAUCGAUGGUCAUAAUGAUUUUGCUUGGAAUUUACGAAAACAUCGUGGAAAUACGAAACUGCAAGACUUCCCAUUUGACGAAGACGUCUCAAGGAACUCCAGUUGGGGUCCUCAAUGGCAAACCGAUCUUGUACGCUUACGUCAAGGUAUCGUAGGUGCACAAUUUUGGUCAGCAUAUGUUCCCUGCGAGGCACAAUUUCUAGAUGCUGUACAACUGACUCUCGAGCAAAUAGAUGUAGUAAGAAGACUUACCUCGAAAUAUCCGAGGAAGAUAAGACUCGUAACUACAAGUGGUGAACUCGAAAAGGCUCACAAGGACAGUGUUAUCGCUAGUUUAGUUGGAAUAGAGGGGGGUCACAGUAUCGGCACUUCUAUGGCGGUACUUAGAAGUUUCCAUCGUCUUGGUGCACGUUAUAUGACCUUGACACACAAAUGUAAUACACCCUGGGCAGAUUCCUGUUCCGUUGAAGAUCCAGAUAGAAUAGCACCCGCUGAUUUUCAAAGCGACGGUCUUUCCACUUUCGGUAAAGCUGUUGUCAGAGAAUUGAAUCGAUUAGGAAUGCUCGUUGAUCUUUCUCACGCUUCGAUCAGAACUAUGAAAGAUGCGUUAUCUAUAACAAAAGCACCUGUUAUAUUUUCGCACAGUGCGGCUCGUUCUCUUUGCAAUUCAUCCAGUAAUGUACCGGACGAUGUACUCAAAAAUUUGUCCGUUAAUGGUGGCUUAGUCAUGGUCAGUUUCGAUAGUACACAUCUUAGCUGCGGAAACAAGGCUUCCAUGAAAGACGUUAUAGCUCACAUCAAUCAUAUUCGCGGAGUAGCUGGUGUUAAUCACGUUGGUUUGGGUGCUGGUUAUGAUGGAAUCUUAAGUCCACCUACAGAGCUUCCAGAUGUUUCAGGAUAUCCAUUGUUAUUAGCGGAAUUAACAAGAGAUAGACUAUGGUCCGCUUCCGAUAUCAAGAAACUAGUCGGUGGAAAUUUGUUACGUGUAUUGAAGGAAGUUGAAAAUCAUGCUAUUGUUGCAUUACAUCAAUCACCAGCCGAAGAAUGGAUAUCGCAAGAACUCAUUGAAGAUUCCUUUAAUUGUAUAAGCAUAGAUGUUUCAAUUUGAUCAUUUCAAUUUAAAGAAUUGAAUUUCAUAAACUUACUCAUGUUAAGUAAUUUUAAUAAUUAUCCAGUUUCAUGGAUAUCCUUAGGAUAACGCUAGAAACGAAUUGUUUUCUCUACGAAAGAUUAUUUUUUGUUUAACAGCAUCGAUAUAAAACGUAGAAGGGAAAAUGCUUUAAUUAUUUUCGUCUAAUGUUUGUGUUUAUAAUGAUAUUGCAAAAUCUUUUAAAGAAGUGCCCUUCUUAUCAGGGCACUUUUCAGGGAAUCUUUUCAGAAAUGCCCUUAAAGUUUAACACGAUCAUUGAAAUGGGGUGUACCUCGCCUCAAUAAUUUUAUACUUUUCAAUCAAAGAUUAUCAAACUAUCAGGUUCUCAAACAGUGUUCCAUUUAAUUAACAAUUUUUUAUACAUGCUCAAUCAUAAAAUAAAUCCUCACGAAGAUGAGGAUAAACUGAAAUAAACGAUUGCUAUCACGAAAAGAAACUGCCAAAAUGAGGAUGCACGUGUUAACAACCUAUGCUCUAAAAGAUUAAAUAAAAUUGUUGAAUCUUAUAGGAGCAAUCUUGAAUGGUAACAUUUAAAACUUUUGGCCUUUAUUAAACUAAUUUUCAACGUUACAUUUUUUCAGAUAUUUCAAACGUGUUAAGAAAAGUAUGACGUUUUAAACAAAAUAUAUAAACAAAUUAACUUAUCUUAAAUAAUAUGACAUUGUUAAAUAAUA